UGUGUGUGAGGAGGAGAGGCCGUCAGUGUGUGUGUUUCGGCCCCAUCUGCGCUCUCGCUCUCCGCGGCCGGGGGGGAAAUGCACUGACGGAGUACCGGAGCCCUGCUGGAUUAUUAUUAUCUUCAUCAUUACCACCAUCAUCAUCAUCACCACCAUCAUUUCUCCACCUGCACUCAAGCGUUGUUCGGCGAUGAUGGAAGAGUCCAGUUCCCAGAAGCUGCCGUGGGAUGGCGAGGCCAAGGCGAUGCAGCAGUGUCUCACUGACAUCUUCACCAGCGUCUACACCACCUGUGACAUCCCGGAGAACGCCAUCUUUGGCCCCUGCGUCCUCAGCCACACGUCUCUGUACGACAGCAUUGCCUUCAUUGCUCUAAAAGCCACAGACAAGAGGACAGCACCUUACAUAUUCAGGGUGGACACCUCAGCUGCCAACAGCUCAUCAGAGGGCCUGAUGUGGCUCAGGCUGGUCCAGUCUGCAAGAGACAGGGACGAGCAGAACCUUGAGGCCUAUGUGAAGAACGGGCAGCUCUUCUACAGGUCGCUCAGGAGAAUUGAGAAAGAUGAAGAGCUGCUGGUGUGGUAUGGAAAAGACCUGAUCGAGCUGCUGUUGCUGAGCUCCAGCAGAAACCAAGCCAAAGGCAAAGGAUCGCCACCCUAUCUGUGUCCGGACUGCAGUCAGCGCUUCCAGUUUGAAUUUCCACUUCUAGCUCACCUGAGGUUCCGCUGUACCAAGAGACUGCAGAGCAUGGCCAGCAUAGAGGACGAGGCUAAGGACACAAGUGAACAGGCCAGCAUGCCACCUUCCAGGUCCAGCCCCAAACUAGGCCGAUCUGAGGGUUUCUCGAGCCAACAGGAUGGUAAACCAUCCACAGACUUCCACAAUCUUGCCAGGGACUUGGAGAAUAACAGGACCAGCCCUCCCAGCGAUAAGGAGGCCGAGAUACGGAGCGAGAGCUCAGGGAAGCGUAAGUUCUCCGAAAUGGAGGACAACAGGGGCAUUGGAUUAGUCCAGCCCCUUUCCAAGUCCAAGGAAGAGCUGGCAAACUCAGCCCAGCAGUAUCGUGGGGCUUACGGCCUGGAGGAGAGCAGGCGGGCUUUCUCACCUCCUAGCUCUGAGGCAACAGAGACCAAGCGAAGUGCAUUCACGGAAGUGAAGAAAUCAUCCCAGAGCUUGAAGCACAGCAGCAAAAAUUCAGACUUCAACUCUGAGAACAAAGCAGAGGCUGGCCGGCCCAGCAGCAACCUAAAUGAGAAGCAUGUUAGCAUCAGGCAGGUGCUGAGCGAGACUCAGCCACCACAGUCCCGGAUCGAGAGCUCGACGGUGGGCAGUGCAUUCACUUCAGUGCCCCAGCAAGAGGGGGCAUCAGAACGCAAGAGCGCCUUUAGCCAGCCAACUCGCUCCUUUUCACACGUCUCGCCACUGGUCAUGGCACCCAAGCUUCUGCCAGCAGUGGACUGCCACCCAGCCGUAGGUGACACAGUUUCUUCCAGCAGGCUUUACCAGGCUGACCACCUGGCUGCCAAGCUGCAGGGCUCUGAACUGGGAAGCAACUGCCCUGUGCCGAGUGGAAUGGCCAAGCAAAGCCCCUUUCUCUACGCCACAGCCUUCUGGCCAAAGACAUCAGGCCCCAUCCAGCUGCAGAUGCCGUCAGCCCUCACACUUCUGCCCCCCUCGUUCACCUCCCUCUGCCUGCCUGCCCAGAACUGGUGUGCCAAGUGCAACGCCUCCUUCCGCAUGACUUCUGACCUGGUCUACCACAUGCGCUCCCAUCACAAAAAGGAGUAUGCUAUGGAGCCCCUAGUCAAGAGGCGGCGUGAAGAGAAGCUCAAGUGCCCUAUCUGCAAUGAGUCUUUUAGGGAGCGACAUCACCUCUCCCGUCACAUGACCUCUCACAACUGACUUGGUUUUUGGGGAUCUUUAUUUGUCAAUGGCUUUUUUGGUGUCCUGUACACACAUGGGAAUAUUGUCAACCUGGAGAAACACUCUUGAUCUCACGUUCGAAAAAGACAUUUCUAAUCGGAUUGUUUCUUUCAAAUGUCAUGUUUUGGUGUAUGCAAAUGAGUUUUGACUUUAAAACCAUAAAAAAAAUCUAUUUAUCAUAUGAAGCACUUAUUAUUAUUUGGGUGGACACUGAGAAAUAACAAUGUGUAAAUGUAAUUUGUAUUUUGUAUAUAUUAAUGUAUAAUGUAUAGAAAUUGAAUUGAAAUGUAGUUCCAUUUCAUGGAGAAGCUAUUCACUGACUUUUCAUGUCUAUAAGCCGAAGGUCAAAUUCUGAACAUAAUUUGAAUAUGAUGUUGAACUAUAUUUAAGAAUGCAUGUAAAUGAUAGUUAUUGGUUUAAGAUGCAGUCUAUCCACAAUGUACAUACUUGUUUUGUUUGAAUACAAAGUGUAAUAUUUUGUGUCCGUGAGGAAUAGAUUCAGUGUUUCUUCCUUUUGCUGAAAUUUACUAUUUGAUAGUUUAUCUAACCAUGUUGAAUGCUUUGACAAUAAAAUAGCUUUAUUUUCA